AUGAGAGUGGCAGUGGUGGGAGCGGGUGUCUGUGGGCUGACAGCCACCAAGUGCUGCCUGGAAGAGGGACUGGAGCCCACCUGCUUCGAGCAGAGCCAGGACAUCGGGGGGCUCUGGCGCUACACGGAGCACAUCGAGGCUGGCCGGCCAAGCCUCUACCCGUCAGUCAUCAGCAACACCUCGAAGGAGAUGUCAGCGUUCUCCGACUUCCCCUUCCCCGAGGAAUUCCCGGUGUUCCUGCCCCACGCCCAGCUCCUGGGCUACCUCCGGGACUACACCAAGCGCUUUGGCCUCCAGGAGUACAUCAAGCUGGGGACCACUGUCAUCAGCAUCAGGAAACGCCCUGACUUUGCCACCACGGGGCAGUGGGACGUGGUCACGGAGGCCAGUGGGAAGCAGACGUCACACAUCUUUGAUGCCGUUAUGGUUUGCAGUGGCAGUUUCUCCGAGCCGUCCCUUCCCCUGCACUGUUUUCCUGGCAUCGAGAAGUUUCAAGGCCAGUACUUUCACAGCCGGCAGUACAAGCAUCCUGACGUGUUUCAGGGGAAGCGGGUCCUCGUGGUCGGCAUGGGCAAUUCGGGAGUGGACAUUGCGGUGGAGGCUAGCCGCGUAGCCACCAAGGUGACCGUUUGCACCAGCCGAGGUGCCUGGGUGCUCAGCCGCGUGUUCGACCAUGGCUACCCAUGGGACAUGGUUUUCAACACUCGCCUUAUGAGCUUGAUCAGAAACAGCCUCCCCGGGCCCCUCUCAUGGGGGUUGAUGAACUACAGGGUGAACCAGUGGUUCAAGCAUGAAAACUACGGUCUUCAGCCAGAUAAGAGCUGCCCGGUGCGUGAGCCCGUGCUGAACGAUGACCUUCCAAGCUACAUCCUGACAGGGAGGAUCACCAUAAAGCCAGGCGUGAAGGAGUUCAAGGACAACUCGGUUGUCUUCCACAACUGCCCUGAAGAGGAGCCCGUCGAUAUCGUCGUCUUCUGCACAGGCUACAAUGUCUCCUUCCCAUUCCUAGAAGAAGCAGUCGUAAAGAUGGAAAACAAGCACGCAUCCCUCUACCAAUACAUAUUCCCGACCCACCUGCAGAGGCCCACCCUGGCUGUCCUGGGGCUGAUCAAGCCGUUAGGAGCCAUCAUGCCCGUGACAGAGAUGCAAGCGCGCUGGGUGACCCGUGUUUUCAAAGGUUUGUGUCAGUUGCCUCCUCAGUCUGUCAUGGAGAACGAAGUGAACAAGAAGAAGAAAAACCAAGUGCAAAGGUUUGGUCUGUCCUUUGACGAAGUCCUCAAAACCGACUGCCUGGUCUACAUGGACAAGCUCGCCUCCUUCAUCGGCGCCAAGCCCAGUGUGCUGGGGCUGCUCUGCAGAGACCCCCGUCUGGCCCUCACCAUUUUCUUUGGCCCCUGCACCCCCUACCAGUACCGGCUGGGGGGUCCUGGGCGCUGGGAGGGGGCACGCCAGGCCAUUCUCACCCAGUGGGACCGGACCCUGAAGCCCACGAGAACACGAGGGAAGAGCUGGGGGGUCCUGUGCUCGGGCUGGGGCUGUGCCAGCACGUGCCACGGGCAAUCCACAACCCUGGGGCUGCAAGGGCUUUUAUUGACCACCAAAAACUGGGCUGCACUGUGCACCGUGUCCCCCAUCUAUGCCAUCGGCGGGCAAAGGGAGCGUGUUUUCCUGAUUCCCAGGGAUGCCGAGUGA